AUGUACAAACCCAAAUACCCAGAAGCGACGAGGCAUAAUGGGAAGCUGCAUCCGUGGAGAACAGUGCUCUUCACCUCUUCGCAGGUUUCAAUCCUCAUUACCUCUGCAUUAUUUCUUUUCCUCACCAGCGUCCUCUUCAUCAGCGGCUGCGCCAUCCAGCACCGGACCUUGCGCGAGAUCCGCCAGGGCAUCAAGACGCCCAAGCCGUCUCCGAAAAUCUAUCUCCCCGACCGAUUCAAGCACACGACGACGGAGCUGGAGGAUGGGACCAUUAUCAUUCUAGACGAGGAGCCCGUGAUUCCCAUCCACGAGAGGAACAAGCAGCGGCCGGUCGUGAUCGAGAUUACACCCACAGAGAGCACGGUGGAGGAAGAGUCGGUGCCCCAAAACCAAGAGGUGCCACAGCCACCCGUGCAAGAUGACGUCUACGGGCCCUUGCUCAAGGGCGUGGAGAGGAAGGUCAAGGAAGAGGACGAUUCCGCCACGGAGAUGGAGAGAAAUCUACGACAACAGCUCGAGAAGAACAUGAGGCACCCGGAUCCCUCGGCAGCUAACCAGAAGUUGCUCAGUCGCGCCGAGCGCCGAAAGCUGAUCAAGGACGAAAUUCGAAAAUUAUCCCAUGUGGAAGGGCCGUUAUACCAGCGCCGACUCUGGUAA